GGCUGCGGGAGCCCCUUUUCCCGCCUCCGCCCGGGGCUGCUGGGAGCUGUAGUAGCGGGCAGAAGGAAGAUGGCGUCCAAGAUCCGGGUGGUGCUGCGGCCGGUGAAGAGUAUCGUGGUCCGCUUCUGCCCCUUCGAGUCCAACGUGGAGAGCACGAGAAAAUUUCUUAGAUGCAUAAACCACAAAAAAAUCCAGGCCACUAAUAGAAACUGUGAAGUGACUGCUGAUGUGAGACAUGAUGGAUCUGAACCGCUUGUAGAUGUUAUGUUUGCUGAUGGAGACCGAUUAAUAAUGAAGGGAGCCAACCUGACGACAAUAGAAAUGUUGACAGCAUUGGGGUCCAGAUGUAAUGCAAAAGAGCUUAAGGAACAACAGAAAAGCAAGAAGAAGAGUCCCUGAAGAACAGAAGAACAGCUGUGUUUACCUUUACAUGUGUUAAAAACAGCGGGCUGCACAGAAGGCUUUUCUCCUAUGCAACAAGAUCUGGAAGAGAGAUGGCCAAAACAGUGAGCAGUUUAACAUGUAGCAGAAAGAACCAUUUAAAUGUUCCCUGUCUCCCCCUGAAGGAAAACAUAGUGGAUCAACAACAGAUCUUCUAACACUAGUGGGACAGAGUGGCUUAAGAUGCCUGAAUGCAUCUUUUAAAGCAGCUGCCUUUCAGUUGCCUGCAUGUUGAGAGUAAUAUCACAUGUAUUUGCAUAUAAAUGAAUUAUGCAUAUUGGCUAUUAAAUUAAUAUUGAACUGAA